UGUCUCUCUCUAUCUCUCUCUCUCUCUCACACACACAAACAAACGGAUACUAACACGUUACGAGGCGAUGCAGGCAAAAUAGCGUUGCACACAAGGCCCCCCGGUAGCCGUGCUCCGCAUUCCGAGUUGACGUUACCGUUGUGUACAUCGUGGCCACAACGGCACGUUUUGUGCUUGAGCGAUACACAAUAAAAAGGCUCCCGCACACGGCCAGGUUUUGUGGCGGGGAUUCCCCGUCGGAUAAGCUCUUACGAGCUCAGGCUUCACCCCCUUUUGUGUAGCCUGUCCACUUUUAGCAACGCUUCCCACAUUGUUUUUGUGAUCCAUUAUUUUGAUAAAUCACUGCCCCCUCCCCCAAAUGACCCCGAUCAAGGUGACGACUCCUUACACCAUGUUAUUCAAACGCUGUGCUGCCCCCCCCAGACUGCUUUCAUUCUGGCAUCAAAGCCUUCAGUUAUUGUAUUUCGCUGUCCCUGAUGCACAGCGUGCUUCAGUGUUUGGACAACGAGCCGCUGGAGCGGGUUCUCCUCAGGAAUGGUCUGACUCCUUCUGAAAAGCCAUUCAUACUCGUGCACUAAUUGUAAGCGGUCCAAGGGUUAAGCCUGUGAAAUGCCUUCUCAGAAGGAGCUUGGGCUUUCAGAGUACCGUGGCUUCUUUGGACUUACUCCGCUGGCUCCCAUCGCUUUGUGCUUAUGAUAUGGCGUCUCCCCAGAGAUCUCAAGACUAAUGUCUUAGUUCUGCAUAGAUAUAAAGUACAUACAUACUACAAAUACACAGAAAAUCCACUGCUGGAAUUCAGAGAACGACCCAUCACCCUGUAGCCCGGUGCUUCCCCACUGCGCAUAUCUCUUUACAUCAAAACACGCCCAACACACACAAACACAUACAUCCGUACACAAGCCACCAUGUCUUCCAUCCUCCCCUUCACUCCCCCGGUUGUGAAGCGCCUGCUGGGAUGGAAGAAGACCUCGACGGGGACUGGAGGAGCCGGAGGAGGCGUCGGAGGAGUAGGGGAGCAGAACGGAGGAGGACAGGAGGACAAGUGGUGUGAGAAAGCUGUGAAGAGCUUGGUGAAGAAGCUGAAGAAGACGGGGCAGCUGGACGAGCUAGAGAAGGCCAUCAGCACGCAGAACAGCAACACCAAGUGUGUGACCAUACCCAGUAAUUGCUCAGAUCUAUGGGGUCUAGGCUCAGGCCACACGAUAGAGCAGUGGAACUCCACAGGCAUGUUCGGAUACCAUGACCACAGCAGGUCCCUGGACGGCCGCCUUCAGGUGUCCCACCGCAAGGGCCUGCCCCACGUCAUCUACUGCCGCCUGUGGAGAUGGCCCGACCUCCACAGCCACCACGAGCUGAGGGCCAUCGACUCGUGCCAGUUCGCCUUCAACCUCAAAAAGGAUGAAGUGUGCGUCAAUCCCUACCAUUACCAGAGAGUGGAGACGCCUGUGCUGCCUCCAGUGUUGGUGCCACGCCACACGGAGAUUCUCACCGAGCUUCCUCCCCUAGACGACUUUACAAACUCCAUCCCUGAAAACACCAACUUCCCGGUCGGCAUAGACCCUCCUAAUAACUACAUUCCAGAAACUCCUCCGCCUGGCUACAUCAGUGAAGAUGGAGAAAACAGUGACCAACAGAUGAAUCAGAGUAUGGAAUCAGGCUCACCUGCAGAAAUGUCACCUGGCGCUUUGUCACCUGUCAAUAACAGCCUGGACCUACAGCCAGUGACGUACAGCGAACCAGCAUUCUGGUGCUCCAUCGCCUACUAUGAGCUAAACCAGCGGGUCGGGGAGACGUUCCACGCGUCGCAGCCGUCACUCACGGUCGACGGCUUCACAGACCCCUCCAACUCUGAGCGCUUCUGCCUCGGCCUUCUCAGCAACGUGAACAGGAAUGCCACCGUUGAAAUGACGAGGAGACACAUAGGUCGUGGUGUACGGUUGUAUUACAUCGGAGGGGAGGUGUUCGCCGAGUGCCUCAGCGACAGUGCCAUUUUUGUCCAGAGUCCCAACUGCAACCAGCGAUACGGCUGGCACCCGGCCACAGUCUGCAAGAUACCGCCAGGCUGUAAUCUUAAAAUAUUCAACAACCAGGAGUUUGCUGCACUGCUGGCCCAGUCAGUCAAUCAGGGAUUUGAGGCAGUGUACCAACUAACCAGGAUGUGCACCAUCAGAAUGAGCUUCGUCAAGGGCUGGGGAGCAGAGUACAGGCGUCAGACAGUAACCAGCACUCCCUGUUGGAUUGAGCUGCACCUCAACGGCCCCCUCCAGUGGCUGGAUAAGGUGCUGACCCAGAUGGGUUCACCAUCGGUGCGCUGCUCCAGUAUGUCCUAAACGGGUUCCUGCCGCCGCAGAGCCCAUCUGACACUUCACCACAUUCGAGCAGCAUUUCCCCAAAGGAAGACCCCCGACGCAGCAACAAUAUUAUCAUGACGAGGGGAGGAAAAAAAGGUGGAUUUCCCACGAUGGACCUGGAGGAUGGGAGAAUCGCCGAUGGACAAUGGUGGAACGUGGGCCCCAUCACCUUUUGGCUGCGUUGGAUUAAAAUUAGGAGGAUGUUCUAGUAAUCAUGCACCUAAUAAUAAUUGAAACCACCCUGCAAUAUCAAACUGACCAGAGUGACGUCGUCAUGCACCGUAUUUAAUGUUUUUGGUAUUCUACACAAGGCUCUGAUCCAGAAAGCGUCGCGCUCAGUUUUGUGACACCGGCGGUUUCCGGGAUUGAGCGCGUGACCUUCUAGUCACUCCCCCCACGUCCCCACCCUCCCCUUACGGCUUCACUACCCAUGUACUACAGCACAACUUUGAUUCAGCAUCAAGGAUUCUACACCUGGUUGACCGGCAGUAGGGCUGCCACUCCAGGCUCCGCGCCCGGACCUCGGUUCUUUGGGUUUUCUAGGUGGCCAACACCUUCAUUCCGUAUUCACCCGACACGCCCGCUUCUCCUGCAUCUCUCCUAAUCAGUACCGUGUCGCGGACUCAGACCGACCCGAGUAAGCAUGCGGUUCUCCUCUCUGGAAGGGGUGUGACCCCCACACCCCCGUCUCCACAUGCACGUGCACAGUUAAACACAAGUAAUUUCCUCUGUCAAGUCGGUUGGUGUCGUUCAGCGGUUGGUUUGUGCGCUGACGUGCCCCUCUUCUGGAUCUUCACGCAAACGUUCCAGUUGUUUUCCGACUGUAAUAAAGGCGUCCAACAUUGGCCGCUUCCAACACAUCGCCCCUCCUGGUUUCCGGUGGGGGGAAAAAUAUUGCCCUGCUUCUGCCCCCUACCGCUCCCCCGCCCUCCACCUGCCUGUUCUUACACUUAAAUUCUCUUCAUCCACUUUCUGCUCUUCUAUUAUCUUAAGGUGAAGGAGAAUUGUAUGUUGGGCUUGGAGCUGUAGUUUUAGGACUUGGCAUGAAUGCAGUUAACUGAUCGUUAUGUCGCCCCCUGCUGUCCGAAAGAAAAAUGUAUAAAUACACGUCACUUGCGAUUCAGACCGACGCAGACAUGGCAUUGACUAUAUGCUUGAUAUGAAGCACGGUUCCCCCGUUAUUUACACUUUAUUGAUCGGAAGAAAAGUCCUGCAGGGACUUAAAAUGGCUUCUGCGCUGUACUUGCACUGCCCCAAAUUACGCACACUUGAUAUUGCUAGAAGAAAGUUGCCUUUUGAUUUUAAAAUACAGCAAGAUAUGCUUUGAAAUGUAUAGAUGAAAAUGUUGAAAAUCUCAAUUGAAAUCAAGACAAAAGAUAUCUUCCAUAUUUUUAAAUGUUCACUAUAAAGUUUUUCUUCCGUACGUUGUCUGAAUUGGCUUAUUAAAGAGCAUUUAUUUGAUUUUAAUAAAUGUUUUGCGAUCUCAAAGCCAGCUGGUGGCUACAUUAAAAUUGUUUAGAAUUUAAGCUUUAAGUAUUUCACAAUCUGGCUGUACUACACAGCGACUAUUUUCUUUACACGUUGUUAAAACCACAUUUUUCUAUUUUCAUGUAUUUUUUUUAUAUAUAUGAAUGUAUUUAAGAUCUUUAAGCAUUUCUUCCCUUUUUUUAGAAUUCAAUAUUUUUUUAGAAUAUGCCCUCCAUUGAAAAUGACCACAGCUUGAUGGAUAAAUGAAGUUUGUACCAAGGAUCGGUGAAUUUCCCACUUUCCAAAUGUGUCGGAAACCAUCCUAUCACAAACAUACACAACAAAGACUGAAUUCAUGCCGAUCCACUUACGUCACAAACAUAAUUGCUGAUGAAAACCAACCAGUUUUCCAGCCUACAGUUGAGUUUCCUUUUAUCAAGAGGUUUAAACUCUCCUAUUUUCAUUGUGGGGUUUGGUUAGUUACAAAUUGUUGGAUUACAACAAAGAUCUGUGUAAAAAAAAAAAAAAAAAACAUAGACUUCCAUUCAGACUUUUUAGAGAUUCUAAGAUGUAAUCCAGCAGUUGGGCUGCAGUAUUAUUUCCAAUUAUAAAAGCAGUUGGUAUUUAUUUUAAAAAGCUCUGCCUUUGGAAGGUGAACUUGUGGGAAUCCGUCUUUACAGAGGAAGCUCCAACAUGCAGCCUAAACGCCGCUGCCAAAUCGAACCCUGUGUUUGUUUGAUUCUCAUUACUGCUCAUGUAUGUUUUUAAUUACAGCGAGCGCGUUCACAUGCACACACGAUACUUUUGUUUUUUCCAUUCAAGGCCUCUUCACUCUUAAGCGUCUUCCGCCCUUGUAUCCCUGACACGUAAGCCAAACGAUGGCUCUAAAUAUGCACAGUGAGCGUAACCUCGCCCUCCCUCGCUCUGCUCGCACCAGAUUUCACCUGUUCCAAUUACCGUGGCAGAAAAACCCGACGGGGAUCUUAACGCUGCUCAGUCAUUCCGGCGUGCUUGUCAACACGUUAACGUUUUCUCUUUUGAUCAGUCUUUUUGGGGAAACUUGUUUUUCUUCAUGCAUAGAACAUUCGCCUGGGUCAAAUUUGUUCCACUUGUGAGCAGACUGAGAUCAGCCGAAAGUGGCGUUGGUCUCUCCGUACGUGUCAGUCGUCUGUCCCGUCUUCUUGCUGGUCUGUAUUUGGUUUAUUAGGGGAAAAAGUUGACUUUACCUCGCCAAAGUGCAUAUGAAAUUAAAAUCGGGCGUUUCCUCUUAAGGGUUUUCGUAUCACUGCUAACCCACACGUUUGCUCCAUGCAGUGGCAUCUACCGUUUGGGCCAUGUGUGCAAACUCAUUUUCUGAUGGUUAGCUUUGCUGUUUUAUGCAUAUUUCCAGGGUCCAACAAAAGCCUUCGUAUCAAUGUAUUUUUUUAAUUUUCGGUUUCUUUUUAAACGAGUGCCACCCAAUAUCGAUCAACCAGCUGUUUUUAACUUUCGGAGAAUUCCGUUUUGAGGACGGAAGAUGAGACCAAGUUUGAUGUCAGCCACAUCUACACGUUUUGAGGGUUCGCAUCCCUUUUUACAGAUGCCAUAUUUUAUUUUUUUCUUAUUGUGAUGACAAUUGUGUAUCCACAAACAAGCCUCUUUCUGAUUAACUUUAGAGAAGGUUGCUUGUUGGAGAAAGUGAAGUUUCUACAUGUCACUGGUGAUGUUCUGUGUAUAGUUGUACUUUUAUUUUACAGUACAUGCUGUUCCUUUUGUUUUUCUUUUCUUCUUGCUAUCAAAGGAGCGUAUUUCAUUAGACAACAAGAAGUUAGUGUUUCUGUCUCCUUUAAACAUUGAUGACAAUCUUCAUACAGGCUUUCAGACUAGUCUUCAUAUACAAACUUCUUACAGUGUACACUAAUAAAGCUGUUUCAAUUCAA